CUCACGGAGGACCGUUCCCCGAUACAAGUAGUACCUCCCCCUCUUCGUCAGCGACGUGUGCACCAUGAGGAUUAUAUUGCUGGUAAUCCCGGCGUGUCUGCUCGCCCUAACGGAAGCGCGGCGAGUGGUCAUCCGACCUCGCGGGGAUUCUCAAGUGUACUAUAAUGAAGAAAACGACAAUCAGGCCGCCGAGGACGAAUACGAUAGCGUGGCGGUCUACCAGCCGCGCACCCGCGCGCUUCCUUCGCCACGUUCGAAGGAUGGGCUGCACGCGUCGAAGCCGCCGCCGGUGCAGACCAUAAGGAAUUACAACAAGGUCAACGACGACGGAUCUUUCACCUUCGGCUACGAAGCGGCUGACGGCUCCUUCAAGGAGGAAACCCGCGGCACCGACUGCGUCGUACGCGGCAAGUACGGUUACAUUGAUCCGGACGGCAACAAGAGAGAGUUCACUUAUGUCUCCGGCAAUCCGUGCGACCCGAACGCGCCGAAGGACGAAGAAGAAGAGCCACCGGAGGAGAAGGAGGACGAUCUGCCGGGACCGGCAAAUUAUCCCGCUGUCAGACCCGUGGCCAGACCCGUUUCGGCGAGACCUACGUAUCAGCCAGCUACUACUCGCGCGCCGACCACGAUAUUCCAGUCGGAGUACCAGCUCGACGACGACGCCAGCCAGGAGCUGACCGAGGACGACUUGAAACCGCAAUUGCGACCGUCGGCUUUCAGAAGACCCUCGACCCUGGUGCAAAUCACACCCUCCACCGCCAUCUACGAAUCGUCGCCCAGCCCGUCUCUCUAUAGGCUAGCUUCCACCCCGACGGCUCAAUACCAGACCACCGCGGCGCCCGCUCUCCGUAGCCAACCCACGGUCGCCUCGACCGUUUAUCAGCCGCUCGAGACGACGACCCGCAGACCGGUGACCCGCCAUCCCAGACCUCAAUCGGUCGCGAUAACCCCACGACCCCACGUCGCUCAAGUGGCCGCGCAAUACGUCUCCCCCAGUAGCACCGAGCGCCCGAGCGGUCUGCUUUACAGCCAGACUCACCCCACGGUGUCGCCUGGUCUGCGCACCACGACCGCCGCUAGCGCGCCCCACCUCGACUUCGCCGCCGAGCUCGAGCGUUACGUAAACACGAUCGGCACGCACGUACCCGCGAGAUCUCAGCCCGCCCCGGCCUCGCCCCAAACUUCUUCGAGAGUCGCCGCCGCCGCCCCCGCCGCCGCCAGCGCCGAGCCUAUCUAUCAGUCGGAGCUGAUUUACGAUCCCGCGACCGGUCAGUACAAUACUCAGCUUUAUCAGACACUGCCCCAGACCGUGGGUGACUUUAGCCUCAGUCACAAGCUCCAACCGUUCGUAGCCCAGCCCCAGUCCCUACUCGGUCUGCAGCACCAGCAGUACCAGCAGGCUCAGCGGCAGGGCUACAAGCAAGCCCAGUCGGCGCCCGCCCCGACCGUAACCCAGCCGCAGGAGGUGCUCUACAGGAAGCAGCAGGCGCAACUGCUGCAACAAUCCCAGCAGCUCUACGCGCAGCAACAACGUCGCCAGCAGCAGCAGCAGCAGCAGCAGCAGCAGCAGCAACAGCAACAGCAACAGCAGCAGCAUCAUCAUCAACAACCGCACAGGCUUCAACUGCUGGAAUCGCAGAGAGAACCUCAGGCGUUCUAUUACGUGGCGCCCUUGAAAGCCUCCGCCGCCACCCCGUCCCUUUCAGUAGGUCAGAUCGAUCAAUUUCUCCGAGGUAGCGGCGCUAAUAAUUACUGAUGCGAUCUGAAUCGCGGCGCUUAAAAAUUCUCCCCUCCCCCUUCCCUUGAUUAGAUCCUCGGAUUCUCGAAUCGUCGAUAUUCAUCAUUCGAUAUUGUUCCGAGCAUCUCGCGAGCUAAACUGCCGAGGAUCUCGCGCUGGUAGAUCGUAAUAUUGGCCCGUGCGCAUAGAGGGUAUUACAUAUAAGUAUAUGCAUUAUAUAUAGUAUAUAUAUAUAUAUAUUAUCAGAUGAUAACGCAGAAGCCGGGAUAUAUGAAGUAUAUUGCCGAGUGAAUGGCACACACGAGCGCUUUGAUGCAUGCGUUGUACGCGGAGAAAAUGCGUGUGCAAUAUAUUUGAUAUAAUCUGCGCUCCGCGGGAAAGACACCGUGCGCCCAUAGUUAAAAAUGUUGCGAUAUACAAGUCCACGGGUUUAUCGUCAAUGUUAUGUCGAUCUUUCAACUUUUUCUGCAGCAUUAUAUUUUCUAAUUUACCUUGUUUUUAAUAGUACUUUUCGCUUUGAUAGUCGUAUAUAAUGUAUAUAAUAUCCAUUCGCUUUUCCGUUCAAUGCGUGUCUCGAAGCGUUCUUGCGCUAUAUCUGUUCGACUCGGCCAAUGCAUGAGCGAUAAUAUCCGAUGACGAUGCAAUCGGAGCAUAAUCCGCUUUUCUCGAAGGUUAAAGAGAUCAAUGUAUGUGAUAUUGGAUGAAGAAACCGCGCGCGUACGAUUACUGACAAAAUAAUCGCAAACAGUGACAAAGGCGGAAAGUCGGUCGCAAGACAUAAUAAUCGUGGCAAAAUUUAACUUUUUUUUUCUUACC